AUGGCAAUCGAGAAGAUCAUGAUAUUAGGGAACUGGGAGCUUUGCCUCACCAUCCUCAACGCCCUUUUCCCACAGGAGAAACGACAAGGAACACCCAGAUAUCAAGUUACUGUACUCACUUAUCUUUCGCAAACCCUUAGUCUGCCACCUCACGUCAAGGCCUCCGAUGUACAGCACAAGAGAUCCGGCUACUCGUCCGCUUCACUGCAAUCAGUAAUGACUGGACAAGACUUGGUUGUAAGCACAAUGUCAGGCGGAGAUGUAGAGCAACAGAUUCGCAUCAUAAACGCCGCCAUUGCCGCCGGCGUGAGGCGCUUCAUCCCUGAUGAAUUCAGUCACGACAGCAUGAACAAGCAGAUACAGGCGCGCAUUCCGAAAGAUGCCGGCCGAGCAAAGGUCAUUGCUCAUUUGAGGAGCAUGCGGGAGGACUACCCAUAUUUUGAAUGGACUGCGAUUGCGACAGGGUACACUCUGGACACUCAGCUGAUCAGUGGCAACAUGGGUUUUGAUCUCGAAUGGCAUAGCGCGACUAUUCAUGGUAUCGGUACUGAAGCUUUCGCAGCUUCCAGCUUGGAGAGAGUUGGACGAGUCGUGGAACGCGUCAUCUCACACUGGGACGAAGUCAGGAACCAAUACAUAUACGCUGCAGGCGUCAUAACGUCUGCCAACGAGGUCCUGAGAUCUACUGAAAAGACGACCGGCCGUGAGUUUACCGUCGGAAAUCACGAUGUUCAAGAGUGUGUUGCAGAGGGGGAGAAGAGGAUAGAGAAAGGAUUCCCCGACUCUGGCAUGUUUCUGCUCGAGCGGAGCGUGUUGUAUGACGAACAACUGGACGCAUCAAGACCGUUCAGGAAUCGUAACUCGAACUAUGUACUCGGACUCAAAUCAGAGUCGGUCGAGACUAUCGUCAGAACCGCCUAUGACGACUUCAAACACUACGGCAAACCCGGAUGCGGAUGUUCAGCUUGA